AUGUCUGCCAAUCUGGGACGCCGGCUGUAUGCCCAUUUCUGGGAUACGGCAAAUCCGUUUCUUGGUCGCAUACGAAUCAAUCGCAUGCUCGCUCCGGAAGCCUCUCGCUCAAGGUCUCUACUCGAUUUUUUAUUCGCCAAUCACCCACGACGUAUCUCGUCCUUUCCUAAAAAGCCAACCCACCUCACCAAAAGAUUUGCGUCAGGGGGCUUCUUCGUCCUCGGCGUCUCGCCAACUUCUGCUGCGGCGGAAACUACCGCCGCAUGCAUCAUUCCCUCCAGCAAGAUAACCGCCCAUUAUAUUUGGAAGCGAACUUUACAUACUCCGAACCAUCACGGACAUAGCAAAGAAGCUCCGCGGGACACAGAUAUUCGUAACGAAAAUGACCACUCCCCGAAAUCCGGUCAAUCCGGCAAAGAUGCACCCACGACUCACUCACCGGCCAAACCACCCCAAGAUCCUCAGCAAUCAGCAACAACACACAGUCGUCAUCUGAUGGAUCGCCUACCUCAUAUGCCUCAUUUACAUCGACCAACCAAGGAGGAGCUAUUGGCCGCAGCAACCGGUUUCUGGUCACGCCUAAAAGUACGAUUCAAGUGGUUUUCUAUCAGAAGUGUUCGGCCUUUCAAUUUGGAUGAGAUGACCGCCCUAUUCUCAUGGGUUUUGCUGGGACAUAUCGUCUGGGUCGUUGUUGGAACCACAACGUUCUUUUCGCUCCUGAUCCUGGCGAUCAACACGGUCUUUGCUCAAGAAACUCUGGCAGGAUGGGUAGGCAACUAUCUCACUAAAUCAUCUGGAGUUAAGGUUGUUUUCGAAUCUGCAAUCGUACCCAAAUGGAGAAAUGGGGUCAUCACCUUCAAGAAUGUUUUUGUGUCAAAACGGCCAGGUCAAGGUACAGGUCAUGUCAGCAAGGGCUCAUCAAAGUCUGCUGCGGCCGCGGCCGCUGCCCGAGGGGAGACUGGACUCGAAGAUACCCAGGUAGUGGCCGAUGAAGAGGAGGAUACUAACUACACACAAUUCGACUUGUCUAUCGAGACGGUCAACGUCACAUUAUCAUUUACCAAAUGGCUUAACGGACAGGGCCCGCUACAUGAUGUUGAGGUUAAAGGCAUACGGGGCGUUGUCGACCGUCGUCAUGUUUACUGGCCCGAGGAAGACUUAGAUCCCAAGUCCUACCGACAUGAGCAUCACCCUGGCGAUUUUGAAAUCGACUCCUUCAAAAUGCAUGACCUGCUUGUAACGGUUUAUCAACCAGACAACUUCCGCCCUUUCUCCGUGAGCAUCUUUUCCUGCGAUCUUCCUCAGUUGCGGAAACAGUGGCUCUUCUAUGAUUUCCUUUCUGCCAACAUGAUGUCUGGGUCUUACGACAAUUCUUUAUUCACCAUUCACGCUCGUCAAUCUCCCGGGUUCACAGGUAUCCGGCAAGAUAGUGGCACGGAAGACGAUGGCAAGUCAAGCCCGUGGAAGAAACAUAACAGGAUUCGGGUUGACGGACUCAAUGUUGACCAUCUCAACCGCGGUGUUCAAGGCCCCUUCUCCUGGAUUCACGAAGGGACUGUGGAUAUUGUGGCCGACAUCAUGUUACCUGCAGAAAAUGAUGAGAGUUUAGCCAAGGUGAUGGCUGAUUUCUAUGAUCGAUUAGAAGCCACGGUCACUUCGAAUCGUUACCCGGAGGCUGUGUCUGCGAACUCCAGCCAAGAAUCGGAGACUGAAGAUCGACGCUUCCUUGUCAUGGAUUUGCGCGUACACCUUAACAAUGUCCGCGCUGUCGUGCCCAUCUUCACUCGAGAUCUUUCUUAUAUCAACAAUGCACUCAUCCGUCCCAUUGUGGCCUACAUCAACUCCAAGCGCACAUUCAUUCCCAUCAACUGCCGCUUGGUUAAACGUGUUGGGGAUUUCGAUGGAAGCUGGACCAUCUUUGACAGUAGUUUGAUGGAUGACCUAUCAGCUGCCACCUAUGAUGCGUUUGCCCAUGAUGUCGUGGAUGAUCAAGCCCGGAAAAGGCGGUUCAAGAAAGUCGGGUUCUGGUCCCUUCAGCUGGCCGCCCAGGCUAUUUUCAUCGGCAUGGCUGGCAAUAUGGCCUAA